AUGAACACCGCAAGCAAAAGAUUCAGCAAAUUAUUGUCUCUGAUUGCAUCGUACACGAGCGUGCUGGUUUUCAUAAUAUUUGCGAGCACUGUGCUGCUGAACAGAGACACGCCCCAGUGCACGCCCACCAUACACUCAAACAGCAAAACGUGCAUGGUAUUUACGCCAAACAUAGACAUAAGCAAAACCAUAAACUACAAUGUGAAAGAGGCAUACAUAUAUUUAGUGCACAAAACCCAGGAAAACGGCGUGGUUGUGGAGCAGACUGUGUGGAGCACUCUGGCCAAGAAGGAAAAGACUGCCUCUCUCUUUGAGAAAGCAGUUGCAUACACAAAAAACAGCAAAAUGCCUCUUACUGCAGGAACGUAUGUCUUAAAAGGGUCGUAUUUUCCAUACAUUGGCAUUAUAAAAAGUAAAACAUUUGCGGAGUUUUCUUCGACGCCUUCAAAGUAA